CGAAUCACAUUUUAAUUUCGCAACAAUACAGAAAACCCUCAUCUCUCUCUCUCGACAAAAAAUUCGAGAUUCAAUCGCACUUUCUCAUCUUCAGACGAAAACAACCGACUCUCUCUCUCUAGGGUUCGGCUGCUCUCGUAUCUUUUAGGUUUCUGAUUUCGAUGCAAUCCCGCGAUCUGAUCGGUCAGAGUCUCCGAAAGUUCAGCCGUCAGAUUUCCGGAAGGCUCAUCGGCCGGCCGGCCAACCAUAUUUCGUUCGCGUGUUUGACCGACAACAUCUGUUAUGACGCGAAGUUCUCGGCACAAAUCGCACAAGCAAAGCAAACAUGGUUCGAAGGACGAGAAGGAGUACUCGGAAUCUGCAGAAGAUGUGAAGAUGAAUGAGAGGAACGGCAAGGAAGAAGGUUCAGUUAGGCUUUCUAGGGAUUCCUAUUCUGGUGAGAAGCGUAAAGUUUCUUCGCAGUCGAGAGAGGGUAAAGAUCCGUCUGAUCAUGGUAAUGGCGAUACAACAGAAGAGCCUGUUGUUUCGAAGCGUCGCAAGGAGAAGGCUGAUGCCGCUGCUACGGAUAGGUGGAACAGUGCAGGGGACGAGCGAGGCGAUGGUGUGACUACUGAUAAGGAGAGGAAAGGGGAAAGUUCGAGGCUUGAUUCAGAUAAAAGCUCAAAGUCAAAGGUUUCGGCUGAUUCAAAGAGUAAAACUAGUAGAAGGCAUGAUAAUGUCAGUGAGAAGAAGGAAGAGAAUGUCUGUUCGGUGCCAGAGAAGGUGGAUCCAAAACAUAAGUCUGAAAAGGAUUCUGGGUUGAAAGCAGUUCAGCAAUAUAAAGAUUCGAAGGAAUCAAAAGACAAGGAACGUGGGUUGGAGAAGGAGAAGAAGGUUCAGAACGUUAAGCGUGAUGCAGAGGCACCGGCAAUGGAUGGUGAAGUGGCUGCAAAGCAAGGAUCGCAAUCAGGGGAUUUUGGCGAAGAGCGGCAGGGCAAACGAAGUAGAGAAAAUACUGGGCGGCCUAUACAAGAUGAGUUACGAAAUCCCGAGUUAGAGAAGGAGCUUGAGAAACGGAUAAGGAAGAGAAGAGAUGGUUCUAGUGAUAAAGAUAGAAAUCAGGAUCAUGCAAAAGAAAUUGAUGAUAAGCGAUUGUCUUCAAGGGGUGAGCGUGGAAAGGAUGGAAGAUACAAGGAUGAAAAGCAUAAAGAUGGAAGUCAUGGAGAUAAAUAUAAAGAAGAUGGUGGAAGGGAGAAUAGAAACAAGGACAAUAAGUAUGGGGAAGAUGGUGACAAAGAUAAUAGAGUCAGAGACGAAAAGUAUCGGGAAGAUGGUGCUAGAGAUAAGAGACACAGGGAUGACAAGCAUCGGGAAGAUGGUGACAGAGAUACUAGAAACAGGGAUGGUAAGUAUCAGGAAGAGGGUGAGAGAGAUAACAGACACAGGGAUGAUAAGUAUCGUGAUGAUGGUGAUAGAGAAAACAGACACAGGGAUGAUAAGUAUCGUGAAGAUGGUGAGAGAGAGAACAGACACCGGGAUGAAAAGUAUCGCGAAGAUGGUGAGAGAGAUUACAGACACCGUGAUGAAAAGUAUCGCGAAGAUGGUGAGAGAGAUAACAGACACCGGGAUGAUAAGUAUCGUGACGAUGGUGAGAGAGAUAACAGACACCGGGAUGAUAAGUAUCGUGAAGAUGGUGAGAGAGAUAAUAGACAAAGAGAUGAUAAGUACCGGAAAGAUGCUGACAGAGAUAAUAAACAUAGGGAAGAUUUUGACAGAGAGAAUAAACAUUCAGAUGGCAAGAUUAGAGAUGAUUUUGAUAGAGAUAAGAGACUCAGGGACUUAAAGUACAGAGACGAACGCAUUUCAAGAGAUCGCACUAGUGACAAAUCUGAUAUUAAGCGUUCGAGGGAUGAAAGUAAUGCUGGAGAGCGUUAUAGGAAAUCAACCAAUCGUGAUGAUAGUCCUAUAUAUGAUGAUCGUAGCAACAGGUACAAAGAUGACAAGGGAAAGAGAAGAGCCAAUGAUAAAGAUGACAAAGAGGAUAAUAGUGAUAUGAGAUAUCAUAGUACCAAGGAGCAGCGUUCUGAUGCAGAAAGGAAAUCUAUGAGCAGUGCUAAAGUAGACUUGGUUACUGAUAGGGGAAGAUAUUCGAGGAAUGCAGAUGUGGAAAAUUCCCUUAGCCACAGCAGACGGAGGAGUUCCCCCAGCUCCAGUUAUCAUGCUGCAAGAGAUCACUACAGGCUUUCAAAGCAAGAAGGAUCAAAGUACAGGGACUAUGCGAAUGAAGAGAGAGUUUGGCAUGAUGUAACCGCUAUUAAAGAAUUUUCUGGAGUGACUCAGAAAGUUUCUGCCUCUCGCUCAAUAGAGAAAUCUGUUCCAAAAGAUGAGAGCCACUUGAGUGAAUUCUCAAUUGAAAAGCGUCAGAAAACAGAUUCCCGCACUUCUCCCUUGCAGAAGAUGGAUAAAUCCCCAUCAUCAUCGAGUACUGAUCGCAGACACUUGACCAAAUCGGACAUCCGGCGAAGUCUUGAUAUUGAAGAAUCAGGGCAGAGGAGUGGUGGUUCUAGGGAUACAAAGGAUUAUUCUGAUAAGGAAGGGAGAGGAAGUCGUGAGUUGCCUAUGGAUACACUUCCAGUGGAUGAACUAUCCCAAGCAGAUGGGGACACUUUAUCUGUUUCUUCACCUUUCAGUAGAACUAGUCGUUUCCCUAGCAAUUCCAAGUCUCUUCUACCUCCUCCUCCUCCUCCCUUCAGGACAGGGGUUGACAAUCAUUUGGCAUUUUCUAUGGAAGAUGACAAUAGAGGGAAGUCAAUAAACCGCCAUAGGAGGGUUGGCGAUUCUAGCAUUGGAAGAGCACAAGGAAAUACUUGGAAAGGUGUCCAAAACUGGCCUUCCCCCAUGGCAAACGGCUUCCUACCUUUCCCACAUGGUCCACCGCCUGUAGGAUUUCAUCCAGUGAUGCAGCAAUUUCCUGCUCCACAGAUGUUCGGCGUUAGACCUUCAAUGGAAAUAAAUCACACUGGGGUUCCUUACCAUAUUCCUGAUGCUGAUAGAUUUUCUGGCCAUGGGCGGACAUUUUGGCGGAAUCCAGUGGAUGACUCCUGCCCUCCUCCCUUACAUGGUUGGGAUGCUAAUAAUUCUGUAUUUGGGGAAGAAUCUCACUUAUUUGGAAGGCCAGAUUGGGACCAUAAUAGAUUCCCGAUGAGUGGUCGGGGUUGGGAGACAGGUGGAGAAAUGUGGAAGGGGCAAAAUAGUGGUGUGAGCACAGAGUUGCCAGCUGAUCCCCAGAAACAGGAUUAUUCAGCCCAUGGGCCAGCAGAUGAAGUUUGGAUUGGCCAGUCAGGGGAGCGAGCUCAGAAUGAACAAAAGCAGCCGUGUCUAGAGGCAGAGAACAUUGAUAUCAAUAAGUCCAGUGGUGCAGUUGCUACAAACACACUUAAAGCUCCCAAAACACUUCAGGAGGAUAAACCUAGCAGUUCCAAGCCAUCAAGAAAGGAUGAUGAUUUUCUUUGGCAUGCUUAUCUUUCCAAGCUUGACAUAUCAGCAGAUCUUACUCAACCUGAGUUGUAUAAGCAGUGCACUAGCUUAGUGGAUAUGCAUCAGAAAACUAAUUCUGGUGAAAAUGAUUCCAAGAUUCCAUAUACAGAGGAGGCUAUGGAAGCUAAAGUGAUGAAUUUCAGAACAACAUUAAACGCCUCUCCUUUUGCUGCCAUAAAUGAUUCCAUUUUUCAGAAAGCCAUGUCCCUUUACAAGAAGCAGAGAGAAGAAAUCAAGGCUAUUAAUGGGGAGAGAGUGCCUUUUCUUUAUGUGGUGCCAAAAGAUGGUUCAAACGAUGAUGAACCAGGGGAGCUGGAUCCGGCUUGUGAUCAGCAAGAGGCAGAUGAUGCAGUCUCAGAACCUAAUCAGGAGAAAGCAGAGCUUCCAAAUACUUCUGAAAAGCUAGAAGUGUCUCCCGUAACAACCAAGAAGGCAGAAGAUGAACCAGAUGAUCUGAACAGUUUGAAGAAAUCAGAGGAGCCAUUUUCAACUUCAAACGAGGUGGAAACGGUGGUUGAUCCUGUUUGCAUUCAGGAAGCCUCGGAGAAGAUUCUGGAGGACAAAUCUUCGCCUCUGGAAAAUGUUGAGUGUGAUGUUCACUCACCUUGCAAGGUUGACGAUGUGGACUGUGGGAGCGACUCCAUAGGCAAUCAUUGUGCUAAUAAUAGUGAGGAACAGAAGUUGGUUGAUACCAUGUGUGGUGCAUUCCUUUUUUCUGGUAUGUCUUCUGAGGCAUGUGAGGUUGUGAUGCCAGAGUCAAUCGAGUCUGGGUUAGUAAAUUUAAGCCGGAUACAUCAUUCUCCUGAAAGUACACAUUAAGACAAUAUAUUUCUUCAUGAGUUUUUGAAUUGCUGUUAUAGAUCAUGCUUUCAUUCAUAUGUUCUGUGCUUGCUGCUCAUCUUAGUUCAUCAAUAAAAUUUCAUUUUCUUCAUC